AGAUUUUUUUUUCAGACUUAAUAACAUUAUCAUACCAUAUCAUUAGAAUUGAUAACUGUCUGCAACCAACAACUUUUGCAUUUACAAUUUCAAAAUUUAGCGUUCUAAUAUUGGAAUACUCCUGUUAUUUGAAUAUUUUAUCCUGACAAAUAGGUUAUUCAAAUAUCAGAAAUCCACUGUAUAUCACAUAUAAAACAUGUAUUGAUAACAAUGUUGCAGCCAUGCAUCAUGAUACCCAUGCAUACACAAUUGUGGUGCUCAAGCAGUUAUUUUGUGAAGUUGAUGAACAAGGUAAUGAAGUGUGUGGUGUUGAUAAAGAAGGCAAUGAAGUUUGUGGUGCUCAAGAAGUUGUUGUGUGAAGUUGAUAAAAUUGUAAAUGAAGUGCGUAGUGUUCAAGAAGUUAUUGUGUGAAGUUGAUAAAGAAGGUAAUGAAGUGUGUGGUGUUCAAGAAGUUAUUGUGUGAAGUUGAUAAAGGAAGUAGUGAAGUGUGUGGUGCUUAAGAAGUGAUUGUGUGAAGUUGAUAAAAGAGGCAAUGGAGUGUGUGAUGUUCAAGAAGUUAUUGUUUGAAGUUGAUAAAGGAGGCAAUGAAGUGUGUGGUGCUCAAGAAGUUAUUGUGUGAAGUUGAUAAAGAAGGUAAUGAAGUGUGUGGUGUUCAAGAAGUUAUUAUGUGAAGUUGAUAAAGGAGGCAAUGAAGUGUGGUGCUCAAGAAGUUAUUGUGUGAAGUUGAUAAAGGAGGUAUUAAAGUGUGUGGUGCUCAAGAAGUUAUUGUGCUAUGUUAAUGAAAAUGGUUAUGAAAUGUGUGGUGCUCAAGAAGUUACUAUGAAAGAGAGUGAGGACUUUGAGAUUCAGCAGCUGCACGAGAUCAACUGGUUUGUAGGAAAUCUGACAACUCCCGCCAACUACUUCCAUGCUCUACGUAGACAGAUUGCCUUACCAUUCAGAAAACCACUUGUCCUGGUGACACCAAAGAGUUUGUUACGUUUGCCGGAGGCUAGAUCAAACUUUGAUGAGAUGGUUGAAGGAACAGGUUUUGUCCGGUUGUACCCAGAGACAGGCAUGCCCUCUGAGAACCCCGCUGCAGUAAAGAAGUUGAUCUUCUGUUCCGGAAAGGUGUACUAUGAGCUAGUAAAGGAGAGAGAAAAGUUGGACCUUGUUGACAAAAUUGCUAUUGCCAGAAUUGAACAGGUAGUACAGUCAAAGUUAAACAGUAAUUCAGUCUGCAGGCUUUUUUCAAGGCUUUCUCAAUGUUACAAUAUUUGGAGAAAAAUACACAUUGUACUUUUAGAAAAGACAGUAUAUUUGGCUUAAUAAAGGGAGUGGCUA